AUGGGUAACUCAAAUGGAAGCACCGUGGACGACCUGCAGGCUGUGGAAAUGCACCUCUGGUACAAGAAGUUCAUGACCGAAUGCCCCUCGGGUCAGCUCACCCAGCACGAGUUCAAGCAGUUCUUCGGGCUGCGAGGGUUGGACCCUGAAGCCAACGCCUACAUAGAGCAGAUGUUCCGCACCUUUGAUAUGAACAAGGACGGCUACAUAGACUUCAUGGAGUAUGUGGCCGCUCUCAGCCUGGUGAUGCGAGGAAAGAUGGAGCACAAGCUACGCUGGUACUUCAAACUUUACGAUGUGGAUGGAAACGGCUGCAUUGACCGACACGAGCUUCUCAACAUCAUAAAGGCCAUCCGUGCAAUCAAUGGGCAUGAAAACCAGGAAACAUCAGCGGAGGAUUUCACUAACCGUGUGUUUGACAGGAUUGAUAUAAAUGGAGAUGGUGAGCUCUCCUUAGAGGAGUUUGUGGCUGGUGCCCGCAGUGAUGAAGAAUUCAUGGAGGUGAUGAUGAAGAGUCUGGACCUCACCCACAUUGUGGCCAUGAUCCACAGCAGGAGGCAUAGCAUUUAG